AUUCACGCUCAAUCCUCAAAGAUUGGAACAAAUUGAUCGAUUAUUUAAAAAAUCAUUACGUAAAACGCCGUAACUAUAACUGUCACUGACAAGUGCAAAGAUCAACCUACCUGUAGAUCUAAACCAAUCACUGAAAAUGGCAGCUGGAGACUCCUCAUUUGAAAGUCUUGACGAGAUAAACAACUUCUCAGAUUCUGGCAGUGACUACGAGGCGACAUUAAAAUCCACAAAGCGGAAAAAACAGGCAGUGACUGGUCCAAAGCCACUCAAGAGACCCAGGGAUAAAGCUGCAUUGAGGGGGUCCAGCCUCAGCAGCACUAGCAGCCCCAUCCCCACCCCUCCAACCCCCCCCCUGCAGCAGCAGCAGUCCCGAGGGAGAUCCAAGCAGGCCUCUCCUAAACCGGUGACGAGAGAGAACAAGGGGAACCGGGGAAUCAGUGCAAAGGAUAUCUAUGAUGCUGUCUGCUCUGGAAAGAGUGCCAUGGUGACGGUGGUGGACGAGUGGCUGGACAGCUACAAGCAGAGCCGAGAGGCGGGGCUACUGGUGCUCAUCAACUUCAUUGUUCAGUCCUGCGGAUGCAAAGGUGUGGUGAGCAGAGAGAUGUUGGACAGCAUGCAGAACGCUGAAAUCAUCAGCAUGCUAACCAGAGAGUUUAAUGAGGACUCAGUGAACUACCCUCUGUGUACUCCAGGCCCUGAGAUGAGGCGUUUCAAAGCCAGCCUGUGUGAGUUUACUCGGGUUCUGGUGCGCUCCUGUAGGAACAGCCUUAUUUUUGACGAGUACCUGUUCCCCACCCUGCUGGCUCUGCUCACCGGCCUGUCCGACUCGCAGGUCAGAGCCUUCAGACACACCAGCACCCUGCUCGCCAUGAAGCUGAUGACUGGGCUGGUGGAAGUGGCUGUGAUCGUGUCUGUUCAGCAGCAGACCACCCAGCGGCAAUACGACCAGGAGAACAGCAAGAGGGCAUCGGACAGAGCCUCUGACAGACUGGAGGAGCUGCAGGCCACCAUCAGUCAGCUGCAGGAGAACAAAGCGGAGGUAUCCUCCAUGAUGAACGCUACGUUUCGUGGUGUGUUUGUGCACCGUUACCGGGACCGGCUGCCUGAGAUCCGGGCUGCUUGUAUUGAGGAGUUGGGUGUUUGGCUGAUAAAUAACCCCGAAGACUUUCUGAAUGACGGAUGUCUGAAGUACCUGGGGUGGACCCUACAUGACAAGCAAAGUCCAGUGCGUCUGCAGUGUGUCCGUGCCCUGCAGGCCCUGUACCAGGAGAAGGAAUUAAUUGGCCGCCUGGAGCUUUUCACCAGCAGAUUUAAAGAGAGGAUGCUCUGCAUGGUGCUGGACAAAGACCUGGAUGUGGCAGUGGAAGUGGUCAAUCUGUUGCUGCUGAUCCAACAGAGCACAGAGGGUGGUCUGAGAGAGGAGGAGUGCGGUCACAUCUAUCCGCUGGUCUACGCUUCAAACCGAGGCCUGGCGUCUGCCGCUGGCGUCUUCCUCUUCAACAAGCUGAAAAGUGUGAUUGACAGUGAGAACCAGGUGAAUGGUACAAGUGGAAAUGCAGACCUCCUUCAAAUCCUCAUCACCUUCUACAUCCAGAGUGAGUUCCACGAGCACGGGGCGUACCUGGUGGACAGUCUGUGGGACGUGGCGAGAUCUGAGCUGAGAGACUGGGAGACCAUGACCACGGUUCUGCUGCAGGAGUCUGGUCUGAUGUACGAGGAGGAGGGGGCUCUCGUAGAGCUGAUGAUGUGCGCCCUCAGACAGGCAGCGCAGGCGAGCCCCCCUGUUGGGAGGACUUCGGGCAAGAAGCUUCUCGGUAUGAAGGAUAAGAAAGCCCAGGAGCAUGACAGGAGGCGCCUCACCAUGCACUUCAUCCCGUUACUGCCACAGCUGCUGGCCAAGUACUCAGCAGAUGCAGGGAUUGUGACUCUCCUUCUCAAAGCUCCCCUCUACUUUAACCUGGAGAUGUACAACAGCGUGCCGCGGCUGGAGAAGUAUCUGGACCAGCUGCUGUUUCAGUUGUGUGGGAUCGUGGAGAAGCACACUGAGGUCACUGUGCUGCAGGCUUGCUCCACCCUGUUCAGCGCCCUCUGUGCCGACAGCUACACCUUCUCCUCCCGCUCUCUCCUGGCCUUCAGCCAGCUGCUGGACGGCCUGACCGAGUGCUUCAGCUCCUACCUGAGCGACCUGCUGCAGGGCACUGCAGAUGACGAUAGCGUCUACAGUGCAGCCACUACUCUGAAGAGGAUUGCAGCACUGAGCAGUGCCAAGGACAUGACAGCCUGGAAGCUGUUCGACCCUUGCCUUGAGCUUCUGAAGAGCAGGAUUGAGUCCAGAGACCUCGACAAAGAGCUCAUGGUGUCGGCUCUGAAGUGUGCUGCCUUUCACCUGAUGUGGGCUAAAAUGAACGCAGUCAACUCAACUCCAGCUGAGGAGGAAUUAAAGCGUCUGAAGAAGGAGAUGCGCUCGUUCUGCAAAGUGUGUGAGACGUGUCUGUCUCUGAACCAGACGGAGAUCAGAGAUCAGGCGUUCGAGCUGCUGUGCGACCUGCUGCUCCUGUACGGUCAGACUGCGGUCCGCUCGGCGCCCGCCCUCCAGAUGCUGGUCCUCCAGCCCUCAGACUCCCUGCGCUCUGACAUGGCUGCUUUCCUCAUGGACUACAUCUUCUCUGACUCUGAUGAUGACGAGCUCAAUGUUGAGGAGGAGAUGAAGAUAACGCUUCUCCAGAGGAAGCGCAACCAGCUGGCUGGCUACUGUAAGCUGGUGAUCUACGGCGUGCUGGACCUCAGCGCCGCCACCGACGUCUUCAAGCACUACAGCAAGUACUUUAAAGACUUUGGCGACAUCAUUAAAGAGACCGUAAGCAAGAGCAAACUCAUCAGCCCCGUCCAGAGCGCCAAGACGAUCUGCCUCAGUCUGCAGCAGGUGUUCUCAGAGAUGCUGACGGAGGACCACAGCCAGCAGGAUCUCAGUGAGAUUAGAGAAUUGGCCAAGAAGCUUGCCAUGAGCUUUGGCAUUGAUCUUCAUCGCGUCCGCAAACCACUGGUGGCCUUGCACAUGGAUGGUAUACAUUUUGCAUUUCGGGAGCCACGGGAGGGGGAAGAGCCGAACAUUAACUUGGCCUUCCUGGAGAUCCUCAGCGAGUUCAGUUUCAAGCUGCUGCGUCAGGACCGCACCCAGCUCGCUGCCUAUCUGAAAUCAGAGUGUCCCUCUGCUGCCCUCUCCUGUCCGUCCGUCAGGAUGUAUCAGUGCUCCUUAGAGGGCCGCUCCUCUAAACCCAGAGAGAAGGAGGGAGGAGAUGCCGCCUCCUCUCACGAUACACCUGCAGCUAAACGCAAGAGGACCACUACCCCGGGUUCAGUGGCCAGCUCAGCCAGAGAGUCCUUGUUGGACAGCCUCAUUAUCCCCAGCACCCUGCCCACCCCCGCCCUCACCUCCACUGCCCAGAGAGUCGGAGCCAAGGAGCGAGCCGCCUCCAGAAAGCCCGGAGUCACAGAGAGUGAUGAGGGCAGCGGCUUCACUGAGCCCGAGUCUGAGGAUGACUUCUCCAUAGGGUCCAGUAUGCGCAAGGUGAAGCCCGUCAAGCGAUGGAAUCUCUCCUCCAGCCAGACCGGCACCUCUCUGGAUCAGCGGGACCUGAACUCCAACCUCACCUUACUCUCUCUGAUUGAGGAUGAUGAAGAAGGAGAAGAGCCUGAGAUUGAGGAUGAUGAAGAAGUAGAAGAGCCUGAGAUUGAGGAUGAUAAAGAAGGAGAAGAGCCUGAGAUUGAUGAUUAUGAGAGUGGCUCCAAUCAUGAAUCUGAAUAUUCACUGCCCUCCACGCGCCACACCUCUGCCAGCGUCCUCGAUGAGCUCUUUGACUGAGGACACGGAGACCUGCACCGCCGGGGGAACAACCGUUGUUUUUCGUUAAAGCAUCUCUUCAACAUUACUGCUUUUUCUGUGUUCUCAGUACAUUUCAGUGUACUAAGUAUUUGGGGCAUCUGUUCUUCUACAUGGCCACUUACCAAGUUCAUCUAUCAGAUUUAUUUCAGUCACAAAUGUUGUUGGAGGGGAAGAGGAAAAACUAAAUGAUUAUGAGUUUUGGGGGGAAAAGUUGAUGCCAUUUCACAAAAAAUAAAGUUGAUGUUUUGAAUGAAAAUGUUUAAAGGAGUGUUCAUUUUCAGUUAGAUUCUUGUUGGUUGAUUAUUGUCUGGCAGCAAGUUAAAAGUAUCUCCUGUGUCCCACUUUUUGAAGUUAGGUUCAUAACAUAUUUCACUGUUGUUGACUGUUUUUUUCUUGUGUAACGUUUGUUUAUAUAAUUAUUA